AUGACCCCAAGCCCUACCACUCUCCAAACCCCAGAUACAAUCCAGAACCAGAACCAGGACCAGGACCAUGACCAGGACAAGAAAGACACCUCUCCUCCCCUGCACAAAUCCAUCGCACACCUUGAAUCCCAAACCGCAGACAUGGAGCGCCAAAUCGCAAACAUCAAAGCAAAAUUAAAAAAUGAUGCCUCGGAGACAGUAACGCGACAUAUACGUUUACUACACCAGUACAAUGAGAUCAAGGAUAUCGGACAGGGCCUGAUGGGUCUUAUGGCUGAGGCGCGGGGGGUCCGACAGGCGGAGAUACAGCAGGAGUUUGGGGUGGGAUGUCGGGAUUGACUUGGUGCAUCUUUUCGAGGAGAGGUGAUAUCCCAUUACUAAAAAGCUGUUUAGCGGCUUAGGUAGUUCUUCCUUUAUCCCCGGGCCUGUCCUAUCAAUCAAAUCAAUUACC